GUUGGUGGCUUUGCCUGGGAGAACUGCGGUGACGGGAAGGACCCCGCUGUUCUGCAGAGCCUCUCUGUGCAACCUGACCCCAUUGCCAUCCCUGGGAGCGUGCGUGUCAGCGCGGCCGGCAGCAGCAGCAAGACCAUGGCCUCCCCUCUGAAGGCAGUGCUAGUGGUGGAGAAGGCGCUGGGUGACCUCUGGAUCCAGCUGCCCUGCGUCGACCAGCUGGGCAGCUGCACCUACAACGAUGUCUGCACCAUCCUCGACAACCUCAUCCCGCCUGGCACGACCUGCCCGGAGCCGCUGCUCACCUAUGGGAUCCCUCUGCAGGGCUCCUACUCCCUGCCAGCCAGCGACUUCAUCCUGCCCGAAAUGGAGCUGCCUGCCUGGAUGACCAACGGCAACUACCGUGUCCGGGUGACCCUCAGCAGCAGCGGGGAGCAGCUCGCCUGCGUCAAGCUGGCCUUUGCCCUGCAGUCCCAGUGA